AUGGCACCAAAUAAUUCAGCUAGUUUAGAGAAACUAGAUACAACAGAUUAUUCAGAUGAAAAAGAUAAUAUUAUUGAAUUAAAGAAAACUGCAGUCUCGACAGAAGAACAUAUCAUCGACACUGAGACUUAUCAAAUAAGUGACAAGAAUAAUACAGACAUCGCAAUCCUCGAUGAUCAGAAUUUUGAAGAUGGUGAAGUUCCAACUAAAGAAGAAAUGGAAACACUAAGACAUGUUGCGGGUCAUAUACCUUUCAGAUGUUGGUUGAUCGCUUUAGUAGAAUUAUCUGAAAGAUUCUCGUAUUAUGGUCUGUCAGCUCCAUUCCAAAACUAUAUGUCGAAUGGUCCUGAUGAUAGCCCUAAAGGUUUGCUGCAAUUGGAUAGUUCAGGUGCUACAGGUUUAUCAUAUUUCUUCCAAUUUUGGUGUUAUAUUACUCCUAUCUUUGGUGGUUAUAUGGCUGAUACUUAUUGGGGUAAAUAUAAUACCAUUGCUGUAGGUACAGGUGUUUAUCUUGUGGGUAUUUUCAUUCUUUUCAUUACUUCUAUCCCUUCUAUUACUGAUAAAAAUACAGGUCUUGGUGGGUUCAUUGCUGCUAUUAUUUUGAUUGGUAUUGCUACUGGUAUGAUUAAAGCUAAUUUAUCUGUGUUGAUUGCAGAUCAAUUACCAAAGAGAAAACCUACUGUGAAGACUUUGAAAUCUGGUGAAAGAGUCAUCGAGGAUCCAAAUAUUACUUUACAAAAUGUUUUUAUGUUUUUCUAUUUGAUGAUUAACGUCGGUUCUCUUUCAGUUAUCGCCACUACUGAAUUAGAAUCGCAUAAAGGGUUCUGGGCAGCUUAUUUAUUACCUUUCUGCUUCUUUUGGGUCGCUGUGGUCGUCCUUGUAUUCGGUAGGAAACAAUAUAUUCGGCCUCCAAUUGGUGAUAAAGUCAUUUCAAAAUGUUUUAAAGUGUUAUGGAUCUUAAUGAGAAAUAAAUUCAACUUCGAUUUGGCUAGACCUUCUAUGAAUCCUGAAAAGAAUUAUCCAUGGAGUGAUAAAUUUGUUGACGAAAUUAAAACUUCUUUGGCUGCUUGUAAAGUUUUCCUAUUUUAUCCAGUCUAUUGGACCUGUUAUGGUCAAAUGAUUAGUACUUUUGUCACUCAAGGGUCCAUGCUAGAAUUGCAUGGUUUACCAAACGAUUUUUUCCAAGCUAUUGACUCUAUCGCUUUAAUCGUCUUUAUUCCAAUUUUCGAAAGUUUAUUGUAUCCAUUCAUUAGAAGAUUCACUCCUUUCAAGCCAAUUACCAAGAUCUUUUGGGGGUUCACUUUCGGUGCUCUAGCAAUGACUUGGUCCUGUGUCUUACAACAUUUCAUCUACAGUGCCGGUCCAUGUUAUGACCAUCCACUAAGUUGUACUGGUCCAAACCAUGUUCAUGUCGGAUGGCAAGUUCCUGCCUAUGUCCUAAUUGCAUUCUCUGAGAUUUUCGCUUCGAUUACAGGUUUGGAAUAUGCUUAUUCAAAGGCUCCUGACUCUAUGAAAUCCUUCAUCAUGUCUAUCUUCUUAGUGACAAAUGCAUUUGGGUCUGCCAUUGGUUGUGCUUUAUCCCCAGUGUCAAAAGAUCCAGAUUACACAUGGUUGUUCGGUGGUCUUGCUGUCGCUUGUUUCAUUGCAGGUUGUCUAUUCUGGUUAUGUUUCAGAAGUUAUAACGACACCAUUGAUUCUCAAUCGUUUGAACUUGAAGAUGAAGAAAUCGAAAGAAAUAAUCAAAAUAUUGAAAUGUUGAGUACUCAGGAUAGUGAUGGAGAUGACAGAAGCUUGUGA